AUGUCUUUCUUCUUGGCGACCGUUCCGCGAGGGGUGCUUCUGUAUCAUGGAAACACCAGCCCGGAGUCGCCCUCGGAGCCGGAUUGGCUUGCAUACGAGAUCGAACACGCCGAGCAGUUUGCGCAUCCAUUCCGCAGGAGACCACCACCUGGCGGUCCGCCCGGAGGACCUCCCCGGGGACCUCCCGGUGAACCGCCGAGAGGACCGCCGGGAGGGCCACCUCCAGAGUUCGCCUCGGAGCAUCCGGAUACGGAGGAACAGCACGUCAUCGGAGAUGGCGAGCUCAAACGUUCUGAACAGGAGGAAGGCUGGUUGCAUGUGUAUCGAGCAACGAAACCGCUUCAGCUUCUCUACGUCGACGGCAUGGGCGGUGGCAAGACCAGUAUGGGCACACUUGACACUCAGGAUCACCUUUUGAGAGGACUUCGAUCCACACCAUUGUCAACAAAGAAGCCAUUGAAAGCGCGGGGCGGCGGUCCGAUGGGAGAAAGAGAGCGAGCGAACGAACUCUGCGAGCUGGCCGAGGCCUGGGGCUUGCAUGGAAUCCUCCGCAUGGAAGCUGGUUUCGAGAUCAUCAUGUGCGACUUCAAGAACGACUUGGAGGAGAUCCAGGCCUUGCGUCGCGCAGACAGAAACGAUCGCAGAGAGCGGGACAGCGGCAUCAACAGGCUUGAGGGCCUUCGUGGCUUUGCUGAGAGAUACCAGGGUAUUGGUGCCUCGCGGACGUUGGUGGACUACUCCUCAAUGGUUUCUGCCUUCUUCUUCCCGGUCAACCUGACGAACCCCGAUGAGAGACGGCCGGAUCUGCCCAGGCUUGUGAAUGUCUCCGACUCUGAACUCAAUGUCAUCAAGAAAUACAUCCACGAAAGUAUCGAUUUGCGCCGCGAUGUCGAUCUCGCGCCCAUCAACUGGCAGGGCAUCUCCGAUCUCAUCGUCGGUCGAUAUGCAGACAGGAUCGAGUUCAUGGCGAACAGCAAGUCAUCCGAUGUUCUCGUGGACGAGCUCAACUUCCUACUGGACGUCUUCAUCCACUACCCGGAGAACGACGGGGAGCCUGACCUGUCCGAGGCUGUCACGCGGUGUGGAGAAUUCUACUUGCAGAGUAUCGCUCUUUCGACUGAAGCCGAUCGGUAUAUUCACGCGGCGUUCCAGGCUGUGACCUCAGAGAUAUGCUCUACUCUGUUCGAGGUCAGGGAAAGGCUGUCCAGUUCCACCAAGGUCAUAACCUCGGACCUGGAAUCGUCUACCGACGCGCUGCGCUCUUUGAUAAGUUUCCUGGGGUGGAGUCGCUUCAAGCGAUGCUCCGGCUGCGACCUGAGUGAGGUCUGCUUCAUCCCGAUGUGGCCGAUGGGAAGCGUGGAGGAUUACGAGAACCCUAGAUGUAAGAACGGAUCAGGCCUGCAUGGCGGCGAUAGCUACUGGAAGAUGUGA